UUUAUAUUGGGCGUUGGUUGUUCUAUUUUAUUAGUAUUUUUGACGUCUUAUAGUGCUGUAUUAAGUUAUUGCAAUUAUACUUUUUUUAUUAAAUAAUUAAUUUUACCAAGAAAUUUCUUUGAAAACCUUAUUUAAAAUGGCUCUUAGCGAUGCUGAUGUUCAAAAACAAAUUAAACAUAUGAUGGCCUUUAUUGAGCAAGAGGCCAAUGAAAAAGCUGAAGAAAUAGAUGCUAAAGCUGAAGAAGAGUUUAAUAUAGAAAAAGGUCGUUUGGUUCAACACCAACGUCUUAAAAUCAUGGAAUAUUUUGAACGCAAGGAAAAACAAGUUGAACUACAAAAAAAAAUUCAAUCUUCUAAUAUGUUAAAUCAAGCACGUCUUAAAACACUUAAAGUUCGUGAAGAUCAUGUUAGAGAAGUUUUGGAUGAAGCCAGAAAGCGUUUAGUAGAAGUAACCAAUAACCCCCCAUUAUACAGAGAAGUACUCAAAAAGCUUAUUCUGCAGGCUAUCUUACAGUUAUUAGAGAAGAAUGUUACAUUAAGAGUUCGUGAAAUUGAUGCAUCAGUCGUUGAAGGCUUAUUGGAUGAAGUAGCAGCUGAGUACAAAUCAACAUCCCAAAAAGAUGUUAAUCUAAGUUUCGAUACGGAAACUUAUUUGGCAUCUAACACUUGUGGUGGUAUUGAGUUAUUUGCCCAAAAAAGUAAAAUAAAAAUCUGUAACACAUUAGAAUCCAGAUUGGAGUUAAUUGCUCAGCAAUUAAUACCAGCAGUUCGAACUGCAUUGUUUGGUCGCAAUCCAAAUCGUAAAUUUGCAGAAUAAAUAAAACAUAACAAUAUUUUAAAGAAAAAUCCAUUAAUAUAUUUUCUUCACAUUCCACUGAGGUAAUUAUUGAACAUUAAAUAUAAUUUUAACCUCUUGUCAUUAAUGUAGUUUCCAAUAUUUAUAUAUAUAUAUAUAUAUGUGUUUAUUUUAUUCUUAUAAAUUUAGUAGAGUUCAUUUCUUAUUUUUCUUUGUUAUAAUUAGUGUUCCAUGUUUUUAAAUUGUAAAUCUUCGUUUUAUUAAUUAAAGUAUUAAUUUUAUUGGUAUUGUUAA